AUGGAGGAAGGCAGGCCAAGCAAGGAAGAGUCGAUUCAGAACAAAAAGAGCAAAAGUGCUACUGGGUUGAAAAUUCAAGAGGACAAGGAUACUCAAAUGGAGAUGGAGAAUGUUUCAAAGGAUAUUGGAAAAGACAACAGUGAGAUGGAAACAGAGGAGUCUGGAGGGGAGGAAAGUUGGAAAGAAGAGGAUGUGGGGGAAGAGGAAGGAGAAGCUGGGGAUGUUUCCAACCAAGAUAGUCCUACCUGCAGUGUUAGUUUAGUCAAUGUCGAUAGCCAACCAAGGGAGAAGGAGGAUGAUAAAAUUAAUGAGGAAAAAGAUAUGGAUUUUGAGCAAGAGAAGAAUGAGCUCGAGCAAGAGAAGGACAAGGAGAACCCGAGCAAGGAUAAGGAGUUUGCUAGAGAAGGGUUAAUUCUGGAUAAUCUCAAAAAUCUCUCUGAUAUUAGAAUGGGCUUUGACAAGUGGACUUAUGAAGGUAUCAAGAACCUUGAAAAAAGUGGGAAGCACUGGGAAGAGGAGAGGAAGAAAGAUGAAAGGGAUUGGAAGCAAAGGAUGAAGGAUUUGGAGGAAAAAGCUAAGAAGAUGGAAGCUUAG